AUGAACAAAAAGAAGAAAGUUACCCCGUUCGGCGUCCUUCCAGAAUUUAGACCUAAUUUGCCACCACGCCGUCCCAAGGGACCGCCGAAGAAGACCUACUCACUCUCCUCCCCCCACCGCAACGACAAAUCAGACACCCCAUUGGUAAAUAUAAAAAGAAAUAAUUUCUUGGAAGCUCAGGCAGAGAACGACAUAGAUUAUGUAUACGGCAUAAAUUCAGUGUUGUCCGUGUUGAUGAAGAAGGAGCGAACCAUUCACAAAGUCCUGAUAAACGAGAAAAUUCGCAUGAACAAAAAAACACGCAAACAUGCAUACCAGUACAUUUUCAACACGCUAAAAAAAAGGAACAUCCCAAUAACAACCACGAGCAAGAGGAAGAUGGACGACCUGGUGGGGGGCUUCCCACACAACGAUAUAAUCAUGCAGACCAACUACCGUACCAUGAAAAAGGCUAAACACUUCCUCAAGGAUUACCCACAGAAAGGGAAGCAAGCAAAUAUUUACAUCUGUCUCCAUGAUGUUGUUGGCACCUCCGAGUUUUUGAACUUUUUCCACGUCAAUGACAUGCUCACCUUUAUGGACGAAUUAAGAAGCUCCGGAUUUAAAAUUCUUUCCACCUGCUGCCGCCCAAACGACUCCAGUUCGAACAAUCGCCUCGAACAAUUAGCAAAUGUGCAGAUCAGCAAAAACGAAAAGAUUUUUAUAAUCUUAGGAAAUGAAACCAAAGGACUGAGCAAGGAAAUACUAGACAGGUCAGACAUUUGUAUAUACAUAAAUGGGCACCGCACAGAAGAAGCUCCUCCUACACCUGACUUGAACCCUAAUGCAAAUUUUACCUUAGACAGCCUCAACGUAAAUAAUGCGUGCGCUAUAUUAUUGCAUCACUUUACCUCUCAUUUGUCGUAG